AUGAUAGCACAUCUCUCUCUCUCUCUCUCUCAUCAGGUCAUGGCUGAACCCAGGAUAUCUUCCAUUGAUGGGAAGUUAGAUGAAGAAUUUGUUGUUCCCGCCCAUGUUGAGGAGGUCAAGGCAAAGAUGUUUGCUUUUGCGACCCAACAUGCGGCUGCAGGUCGCUUGGUGGUUCUCAUCACGUCCGGGGGCACCAAAGUUCCCCUCGAGUCGCGCACUGUCCGCUUCCUCGAUAACUUCAGCAGUGGCAGACGAGGAGCCUGCUCAGCAGAGUACUUCAUAGACUCCGGCUAUGCUGUCGUCUUCCUGCACAGGCACCGCUCCAUCUACCCUUAUACUCGAAUGUUCUCGAACAUAAAUGUGCUGGAUGCCCUGCAGUUCACAAGUGGGGAUGAAGCUUCUGGCUUCUCCGGUGAAGUGCUAGUUAACCCACAGGUGCUUCCUAACAUAGCCAAAGUGCUGAAGAAAUACCAGAGAGUGAAAGAUGGCGAACUUCUCCUGCCCAUUGAGUUCAGCACUCUGUCAGAGUAUCUGCAUCUUCUCAAAGCAGCAGCACAGGCACUCAGCACUAUAGGACCAAAGGCCAUGUUUUAUUUGGCAGCAGCUGUGUCUGAUUUCUAUAUCCCAGCAUCUGAGAUGCCUGAACACAAAAUCCAGUCUUCAAAUGGUCCUCUUCAACUUAGCUUGAACAUGGUCCCUAAGAUACUGUCCCCACUGGUGAAGGACUGGGCACCUCAGGCAUUCGUCAUAUCUUUUAAACUGGAGACCGACGCAGCAAUCCUGUUGGACAAGGCUCGUGGAGCUCUGAACAACUACAGGCACCAGGUGGUGGUGGCCAACGUACUGGACUCUAGACGGGGUUACGUGGUGGUGGUGACCCCAAAAACUCAGGAUGAGCUGAUCCUCACAGAUGAGGACGUGAAGCAUGAGGUGGAGAUAGAAGAGAGGAUAGUGAGCAACCUGACAGCAGCACAUAACAGGUUCAUAAAUCAACAAGUGAGUUGA